ACAACCGUAAGCGGGAGGAGAGAAUGAUAAGGCUCUCUCUAACAUCCACCGCCUCUCCUCCGCUCAAACCCAAUCACCACCACCACUCCCGCCGUCAAACCUCCACCACCCCAAAACCUCCCGACACCAUCACCUUCGAGUCACUCAAGAGCCGCAUCAUCCGCCAUGCCGACGCCGGCCGCCUCCACGAAGCAAUCUCCGCCCUCGAUCUCAUGUCCCGCUCCAAUCUCUCCCCCGAUCUCACCACCUACUCCGUCCUCCUCAAAUCCUGCAUCCGCACCCGCAGCUUCGACCUCGGCCGAGCCCUCCACUCCAAGCUACAAAAUUCCGGAAUCCAGCUCGACCACAUCGUCCUCAACUCCCUCAUCAGUCUCUAUUCCAAAUGCGGCGACUGGAAAAAAGCGGAGGAGAUAUUCGCCUCCAUGCGCGGAGGAGCCAGGGAUUUGGUCUCCUGGAGUGCUAUGAUUUCGGGAUACGCUCACAGCGGAUUGAAUUCGGAGGCGAUUGCUUUGUUUUUUGAGAUGGUGGAGUUUGGGGAGCGGCCGAAUCAGUUUUGCUUCUCCGCCGCGAUUAGGGCUUGCUCGAAUCGGGAGUGUGCGUGGAUUGGGUUAGUGAUUUUUGGAUUUGUGGUGAAGAGUGGCUACUUUGAGUCCGAUGUUUGCGUUGGUUGUGCUUUGAUUGAUUUGUUUGGGAAGGGAUUUGGGGAUUUGGAGUCUGCGAAGAAAGUGUUCGAUGAAAUGCCUGAGAGAAACUCUGUUUCUUGGACCUUGAUGAUCACGAGGUUUAUGCAAAUGGGUGAUUCAAUGGAUGCGAUUGAGUUGUUUUCGGAUAUGUUGAUUGAGGGGUAUAUGCCAGAUAGGUUUACGUUUAGUAGCGUUUUAUCGGCUUGCUCGGAGGUGGGAUCGUUGGACAUUGGGCGACAGUUGCAUAGCUGGGUAGUUAAAACAGGGCUGACUUCGGAUGUCUGUGUUGGGUGUAGUUUGGUUGAUAUGUAUGCGAAAUCUACGGUUAAUGGAUCCAUGGAUGAGUCAAGAAAGGUUUUUGACAGAAUGGCGGAGCAUAAUGUGAUGUCGUGGACUGCCAUUAUCACGGGGUACGUGCAGAAAGGAGGGUGUGAUGUUGAAGCAAUUGAAUUGUAUUCUAGGAUGAUAACAGAGGGGAGAGUUAAACCGAAUCACUUCACUUUUGCUAGUCUGUUGAAGGCGUGUGGGAAUCUUUUCAAUCCGAGGUUAGGCGAACAGAUUCACGGUCAAGCCAUUAAAUCGAGCCUUGCAGAGGUUAAUUGUGUUGGAAACUCUCUGAUCAGCAUGUAUGCCAAGAUGGAUAUGAUGGAAGAUGCAAGGAAAGCUUUUGAGUUCUUAUUCGAAAAGAAUUUGGUUUCGUUUAACGCAUUAGCUGAUGGUUACGCUAGAAAUUUAGGCUCUGGGGAGGUGUUUAACCAAAUUGGAGAUGAAGGUGUUGGUGCUGAUGCUUUCACAUUUGCUAGUCUCUUGAGUGGUGCUGCGAGCAUUGGGGCAGUCGGGAAAGGCGAGCAAAUACACGCUCGUUUGGUUAAAGCAGGGUUCGCGACCAAUUUAUGCGUCUGCAAUGCUCUGAUCUCUAUGUACACGAGGUGUGGCGACAUAGAAGCUGGAUUUCAAGUUUUCGAAGAAAUGGGAGUUCGAAAUGUGAUAUCUUGGACUUCCAUAAUCACAGGCUUUGCUAAACACGGACUUGCAAGACGAGCUCUGGAUCUGUUCAAGCAAAUGCUUGAUUUUGGUGUGAAACCGAACGAGGUCACCUUCGUUGCUGUGUUGUCGGCUUGUAGUCAUGCAGGUCUGGUGGACGAGGGGCGGAGGCAUUUCGACUCAAUGUUGAAAGAGCACGGGAUAAGGCCGAGAAUGGAGCACUACGCGUGCAUGGUCGACGUAUUAGGAAGAUCAGGGUUUCUAAACGAAGCUAUGGAGUUCAUCGAAUCAAUGCCUUUCCCUCCCGACGCCCUAGUCUGGCGCACGCUGCUCGGUGCUUGCAGCGUCCAUGGCGACACUGACCUUGGCAGGCGCGCUGCUGACAUGAUCAUCGAGCAAGACCCAAGCGACCCCGCAGCGCACGUCCUGCUGUCGAACUUGUACGCCUCGGCUGGGCAAUGGGAGGACGUGGCGAAGAUCAGGAAAGGGAUGAAGGAGAGGAAUGUGGUGAAGGAAGCCGGGUGCAGCUGGAUUGAGACUGCGAACAGCGUGCAUAAGUUCUACGUUGGGGACACGAAGCACCCGGAGGCGAGGGAGAUAUAUGGGGAACUGGAGAGGCUGGUGGUGGAGAUAAAGGGGAUGGGAUAUGUUCCGGAUACCAGAUUUGUGAUGCAUGAAGUGGAGGAGGGAGAGAAGGAGAGGUAUUUGUUUCAGCAUAGUGAGAAGAUAGCUUUGGCGUAUGGGCUUAUAAGCACAGGCAAAGCUAAGCCGAUUAGAAUCUUUAAGAAUCUUCGAGUGUGUGGAGACUGUCAUGCUGCGAUGAAGUAUGCAUCAGUGGCGACUGGGAGAGAGAUUGUGGUGAGGGAUUCGAAUAGGUUUCAUCACAUCAAGGAUGGGAGGUGUUCUUGUAAUGAUUAUUGGUGAAUGUGGUUUGUAAUUGAGUACAAAAUGAGAGUUUUUUUCACGUGACAUAAGUUAAAAUUAGUCCCUAUAGCUUUUUUUGAAACAAUAGAACUACAUAGAGAUUUCAAUGUAAUUGGCUGUAUAUUUUUCUUUUUGAAACAAUAGAAUUACAUGUAGGUUUCAAGUAA